AUAGAAGCAAUAGAUACUUCCACCAUUUGCACUACGAUUCUGCAGCUUCACCGCAUCGACUCACCAUAUCCACAGCUUCAUAUCCAUAUCCAAAUUGAUCCAAACCCUAGAAAACAAGAAUCCAACAGCAUUUGCGUCACAGAAAAGGAUCCUCAAUGAAUCAACAUGACUAGGGAUCGUAUAAUUGUACGAAGGACCUUUGAUUUGUUAUCAAACAGCUGAAUUCCGAAGGUAGAGAUAUUCCUGGAAUCAAAAAAGAGGAAAUCGAUUCUCUAUGCAGGCAUCCAAACAGAAUCAUUACCGGAAUCCUGCUGAAAAGAUGGAUCGGAAUCUAUACUCAGCUGAGAUAGACCAAGGAGGUCGUUUUUCCGUUCAGACACCUGAAUUUGGUAACUACUCUUCUUCUACAGCCAGUUUCUCCUCAAAUGGCAGCCCCAUUUCACAACCAGAUUCUCACUCCUACCGGCCAGACAUAUAUCAUUCACCCGACUAUACUUACGCCGCACAUGUAAGUAGGGUUGGUUUUGCAGAUAAUACCGAAGAUCUAGAGUACAGGCUGAGAGAACUAGAGAGCGCUAUGCUAGGAACCGAUCAAGAUUCUAUGGGAUCUUAUGAUGUUCCUUCUUCUUGGUGUGGAACUAAUCAAACAGCUUCUAAAACAAUAACAGAGAUGAUAUCUAGAGGGGACUUCAAAGAAUUGCUUCUUGCGUGUGCUAAAUCAGUAGCAGAAAACGAAUCAAUAACCGCCAACUGGUUGAUGUCGGAGUUACGCCCGAUGGUGUCGGUUUCUGGUGAUCCAUCACGUAGAUUAGGAGCUUACAUGUUGGAAGGGCUGGUUGCAAGAUUAUCUUCUUCGGGCAGCUCUAUCUACAAAGGUCUAAGGUGCAAAGAACCAACCGGUGGUGACCUCCUUUCUUAUAUGCGUUUACUCUAUGAUGCCUGCCCUUAUUUCAAAUUUGGGUUUUUGGCCGCCAAUGGAGCGAUUGCUGAAGCAAUGAAGAACGAAUCCAGAAUCCAUAUAAUUGAUUUUCAGAUCGGUCAUGGUAGUCAAUGGGUGACCCUAAUCAAGGCUCUUGCUUCUCGGCCUGGUGGACCUCCUAAGCUUCGGAUCACAGGUGUUGACGAUAGCACAAGUGCGCAUGCUAGAGGUGGAGGAGUUAGUAUCAUUGGUCAACGGCUAGCGGAUCUUGCUGAAUCUUGUAACAUCCCAUUUGAGUUUCAUGGUGUGACAGUCUUUGGUUCCGAGAUUGAGGUUGAACAUCUUGGUAUUCAGCCUGGAGAACCGUUGGCUGUUAAUUUCGCAUUUAUGCUUCAUCACAUGCCAGAUGAGAGCGUGGAUCCUCGGAAUCACAGAGACCGACUGUUGAGACUCGUCAAGAGCUUGUCUCCCAAAGUUGUAACACUCGUUGAACAAGAAUCCAACGUGAAUACCGCCCCAUUCUUUCACAGGUUCCAGGAAACGCUCAACUAUUAUACAGCGAUCUUUGAAUCAAUCGACGUGACUCUUCCUAGGGAUCAUCAAGAGCGAAUUAACGUCGAACAGCAUUGUCUUGCUCGUGAUAUAGUGAACAUUAUAGCGUGUGAGGAGGCCGAGAGGGUGGAAAGACAUGAACUUCUUGGGAAAUGGAGGUCUCGGUUUACUAUGGCUGGAUUCAAAGCAUACCCUCUAAAUUCAUAUGUGAAUGGCACCAUCAAGGCUUUGCUUGCGAACUACUCUGAAAAGUAUAGAUUUGAAGAACGAGAUGGGGCUCUGUUUCUUGGCUGGAUGGAUCGUGAUUUGGUUGCUUCUUGUGCAUGGCAAUGAAUCCAAUCAAUGCAACAACCUACGCCAAAGCUUGUAAGUUUUAGAUGGUAAUCUUUAGCAAUGUAUUAUAUGACAGAUUUCUGGUAAUAAAUGAUUGAUAUUUUCAACGUA